GCUCACAAGACUAUACCAUUAUACUGGACGGUAAAUAGAUGUACCGAGAGAGAGAGAGCGAGAGCGAGAGAGUGGGGAGAGAAAGCAGCCGGAGAUCUCUGAGGGUUUUCAGCCGAGCGAAACGGUGAAAAACAAGACGAAGUCAAACCUGAGCCCACAUCGCACUCAGCAGACCUCUGAGAUGCUCAGAAGCCACCUGACAGGUGAUUUCCAGCGUUCAGACAGACUACUGUGUUAGGACACACCUCUCUCUUCGUCACUGGACGGCCCAUGCACAUGCACGACACCAUGGGUAGCUCCCCCGAGGUGCUGUCAUGGACUUCCUGCCCCAGUCUGCUUGUGGGCAAGCUGAAGGAGGAGCUCAAACUCACCGUGGUUGGGGAUGCCAUGAAAAAAUCAAACACGCCCAACUCCCAGCCCCAGCCUCCUCAGGCCCCUCCCUCUAAUUUACCUCCUCAGAUUAUCACAGACCUGGCCCCGCCGACACACCUGCCAGUUCCCUUGCAGACGCUGCAGAUGCCCGGCCAGGACGAGGACUCUGUGCUGGGGGGUGUAAGCCCCCCAAAACUGGCCUUGAGUGUGGACUCGACGCGGAGUGAGGGUGGGCACUUUGACAACAGCGUGCUGCAGCUGCAGGAGCAUGACCAUGAAGAAGCUGGGUCACCGGCAUCCUGUGAGCACGGCGGGUGUGGCAGUGGGAUGGAGGAGCAGAUGGGCGAGGGGGAGUGUCCCAUGGACCAUAGUGGAGAGGGGCGACAGAGCCACCCACAUCACCCUGACGACAUCAAGCUGCACUUCCACAGAGCAGGGCCUGGUUCGGGGGGCUUUUUAGAGGGGUUGUUUGGCUGUCUUCGGCCAGUCUGGAACAUCAUAGGGAAGACAUACUCAACAGAAUACAAGCUACAACAACAAGACAUGUGGGAGGUUCCAUUUGAAGAGAUUUCAGAGCUACAGUGGCUGGGCAGUGGUGCACAGGGAGCUGUCUUCUUGGGCAAAUUCCGUUCUGAGGAGGUGGCCAUCAAGAAGGUGCGCGAGCAGAAGGAGACCGACAUUAAACACCUGCGAAAACUCAAGCAUCCCAACAUCAUCAGCUUUAAGGGCGUGUGUACUCAGGCACCGUGCUACUGCAUCAUCAUGGAGUACUGUGCCCAAGGACAGCUAUACGAGGUGCUGAGGGCAGGGAGGAAGGUGACCCCCAGGCUGCUAGUGGACUGGGCCUCAGGCAUCGCCAGCGGCAUGAACUACCUACACCUGCACAAGAUCAUCCACAGAGAUCUUAAGUCUCCCAAUGUUUUGGUCACCCACAACGACACUGUGAAAAUCUCUGACUUUGGAACAUCCAAAGAGCUCAGUGACAAAAGUACGAAGAUGUCAUUUGCGGGUACAGUGGCCUGGAUGGCCCCAGAAGUGAUAAGAAAUGAGCCUGUGUCUGAGAAAGUAGACAUCUGGUCAUUUGGAGUUGUGUUGUGGGAACUGCUGACUGGAGAGAUUCCCUACAAAGAUGUAGACUCCUCAGCCAUCAUUUGGGGUGUUGGCAGCAACAGUCUUCACCUUCCUGUUCCCUCCACCUGCCCAGAUGGCUUCAAAAUCCUCAUGAAGCAAACAUGGCAAGGUAAGCCCAGGAACAGGCCUUCGUUUCGUCAGAUUCUUCUACACCUCGACAUCGCCUCUGCCGACGUCCUCGGGGCUCCUCAGGAGACCUACUUCAAGUCUCAGGCAGAAUGGAGGGAGGAAGUGAAGAAACACUUUGAGAAGAUCAAAAGUGAAGGCACCUGCAUCCACAGGCUGGACGAGGAGCUGAUCCGACGCAGGAGGGAUGAACUCAGGCAUGCUCUGGACAUCCGGGAGCACUAUGAGAGGAAACUGGAGAGGGCCAACAAUCUCUACAUGGAGCUCAGUGCCAUCAUGCUACAGCUGGAGGUCCGGGAGAAGGAACUAAUGAAGAGAGAGCAGGCAGUGGAGAAGAAAUAUCCUGGGACUUACAAGCGGCACCUGGUCCGACCCAUCGUCAGGUCCAAUGCCGUAGAGAAGCUCAUCAAGAAGAAAGGAAGCAUUUCCCACAGACCUGGGAUGCCACCCCCCAAAAGGCCAGACUUGCUUCGUUCUGAUGGCAUCCCCAGUGUCGACCCCCUCCCCUCCCCCUCACCACUAUCUGCCAGCCCAAAGGUCUCCACGCCUCCUGGUAAAGCCCGCUACCGAAGCAAGCCUCGUCACCGCCGCGCCAACAGCAAAGGAAGCCACAGCGAGUUCCCUGGUGUGCUGAAGCCGGUUGCUGGGGCUCCAGAAGACACCCAAUCUCUCCAGGAGCAGCCACUCCACCAUCACCACCACCACCACCACCACCUACCACCAAAUGAGGGGCCCGUCCUCCCCUUGAAGGGCCGUGAGGAAGCUGUUGUCAACUGUGCCAACAACCUGCGCUACUUUGGCCCGGCCGCUGCCUUGCGCAGUCCUCAGACGGACCACCUGCAGCGCCACGUUUCCGGCUCCAGCCCUGACCUUAUUUCCACUACUGUGGAUGCAAACACGCGACAGCGGACUUCAUCCACCAGCUCCAAUCCUGUCCCAGGUGCAGCCGCUGGUUCUUUGUGCCCAUGCUGUCAGGCACACCCCUUGCCUGGCUGCCUACACUGUCAGGAGACCCUGCCUGCAUCCAGCCACCCAGAGCUAUCUCACUACUCACUGCUCAGCACCCAAGAAGGGACCCAGCCUUCUUUAGGAGCGCCCAGCAAAGAUCCAGCCUCGGAUGGAGAGGCCACAAAGAAGGCUGAGCCACAGGAACAGGAAGCAUCUCAACACACACACACUCUGCCCACUGCACUGCCCCACACUCUCAGACCACUCAGGAAGGGUGGAGAUGAGUCAUCUGAGGAGGAGGAGGGAGAAGUGGAUAGUGAAGUGGAGUUUCCAAGGAGACAAAGACCUCAUCGCUGUAUGAGCAGCUUCCAGUCCUACUCCACCUUCAGCUCAGAGAACCUGUCGGUGUCCGACGGAGAGGAGGGAAACACCAGCGACCACUCUCACAGCGGACCCCUGGAGAGGCUGAGCGCCAGUCAGGAGGAGCACCUGGAUGAGCUGCUGUCGCACACACCAGACAUCCCCAUCGACAUCUCCACCCAGUCAGACGGCCUCUCUGACAAGGAGUGUGCUGUCCGCAGGGUCAAGACCCAGAUCUCCUUGGGAAAACUGUGCUCUGAUGAACACAGCUACGAGAACCCGCUACAGUUUGGAGACUCAGACUGUGAUUCGUCAGAAGCAGAGUGCUCCGAUGCCACCAUUAGAAACAACAAAGUCGGGGCUCCUUCCUCGUGGUGAAACCCGCCCCAGGGCGCAGUUCUGUUUUUGCCUGGAGGCCACUGUGUCCCACUCUGCCCUGCAGAAAAUACAGCAAUAAGAGGAUGAUGUUCAUAUAGCAAAGCCCAUUGCAAUCUCUCCCAGAGCCUCCCUUAACCCUCCCCUCCCCCUCAUCUUUAGCACAGCAUCCAGGCAACCCAUGGCAGGGAUUCCCUUUUGAAUGAUAAUGUACAGUAGAUAGUGUAACAUUCAUAAUUUAUUUUUGUCUGAGUUUUGAAGGAAAAUUCAGGACCUCUGUUUGUUCUUUGAUCGGAACAGAGAAAAAAAAAAUGACAUUUUGAAACUGAGCAUGGGCUAACUGUGUGUCAGGGAGAGACUGAGACUGGAUGAAAAUGUAGAUGAUGAUGAUGAUGAUGAAAAGAUUAAGUGUUUAAGUGCUGAUUUAUGUGAGGCUGACAACUGUGUGAAAUUACAAAAUUCAUGCGAUUGCUGGUCUCUCAGGUGACUGACGGAGACAAGAAGUGUCACGACAAGCCUUUUGAUCUGGCUGCAGUCACUCUCAGCAUCUCACUGUUUUAGACCCAAAACCCCAACCAACACUCUCUCUUACUUAAGUUUGAUCAACCUGCUUUAUCAUGAGUUCACAGUGCAGAACCCCAGUACACCCCUGCCUCCUUCCACCUCCAUCCCCAUCCCCAACAGGGAACAUGGAGCUCACGGAAACAGUGUGAACACCAGCAUGAAACAACCUGCCUCGCAAACCGGACUUUCUCCCUCCCCUAAAACCACCGUAUGUGUCAUCAUCAGUCAUUCAGGACCCCCACCCCCCACCCUGUCUAAGCAUGUCUGUGCAGCUCACAAAACGCAAAAAGCUGCCAGAAGACUGCAUGAAGUGGACAAGCUAGCAGAGCAACAGAGAUGAAGACUCACCUGACAGCUGACGAAAACUUAAAAAAAAAAGAGACUCUUCUUCUCCGACCCUGCUCAUCCUUCUCUCUAAGACACGCCAACGUCAUCAUCAAUCAGAUGUCAUGACCAGAGUUAUUUAGGGAGUUAUCAAUGUGUGUGUGUGUGUGCGGUGUGUGUAUGGGGGAACGCAAAGCCCUUUCCUCUCCAUUGGACAUUACAGUUUCAAGUCUCAUCUCAGGAUUGUGCGAGGACUGUGAGAAACUGGACUGGACCAAUUAUUGUAUGUAGGAAUGUUCUUUGAGCGGCACAUAUUAUGGACCAUGUAGAAAUAUUUAGAAAAAAAAGGUCUUUCGGAUAGCCUUGAUGUUCAACCCUUUAUUGCUGGACAUUAAUGUUAUGUAGACAUGUAGAGUAUUUUAGUUGCAAUCCAGGUGCAGUAUCCCAUUUCUUGAAAUCACUGGGCAAAAUCUCCCAUGUACCAUUUUCUAGCAGGGUAAUUUAUACUGUCUAAUGCGUGUUGUCCAAAAAUGCAAAUUAUUUUCUGUGCUGUAGUGAAUAAAAACAGCAAUAACACAGGUUGGCACUCAGGUGAGAAAGAAGUUGCUUGCUCAGGAUCCGAGGCGUCUAGCUGGCUAGACACAACACAGUGACUGGUGGCUAGGGGAGAGCAGCAAGUGUCAAACAGCGUAGUAUAGAUGCUAUAUUUUUAAAUAGUUUUUUGUGAACUCGUCUUUCCGGGGCUCGGUGCUCAGGUCUUAUGUUGGUGAUUGAGAGCAGGGGCGAUGCAGCCACUAGAUGGAGACACUUACGGUGUCUUAGUUUGCCUUGUGUUAUGUAAAUGUCCAGGCUCCAUUCCUUUUUUCUACUGAAGGUAAUUUAUCCCAUGUUGACCAUCCUAAUCUCAGAAUGCCAGCAAUAUGACUUUUUAUGUCUGGUCGUCCUUGAAAAGGGAUACUGCAUCUGUGGGAGCUUUAUUUUUUAUCCCUGUUUGAGUGUUUGUCAUUCACCCUCAUGAGUUUGUGGUUGAAAAAUAGCCAGCCAGGGUUGAAUUUAAUGAUCAUGAUGUCAAGAUGUCAGCUCAAGUGUAUGCAGACGGCUGAGAUUCUACACUAAGGAAUAUAAGCCAGAGACAAGGCCACAGAGCAGUUAAGCUGCUCUUGGUUUUCAACAACCUCAUCUCAGUGUUAGUUACUCCUGUACAUAAACAUCUGUAAAUGUAAUGUGAUCUGUUUUUGUCCUCUCUUUCUGUCCCUCUUCUCUUAACGUAUUGCGCACAGCUCUGACAGAGCCUCGAGCUUCUGUCGCCGACGACCAGCCGACUGGUUGAAAAUGAGCAGGAAAUUCUUUAAUCUGUAUCACAUCAGUAUUGAACACUGCAGGAGGGUGAGUCACACAAACUGAGUAGCACAAGGUAAAUCUCAAACUGUACUGAUGGAUAAAUUACCCUUUUUUUUCUUUCUCUUUUUUUUCUUUGCUUAAAUGCUUUGGAAAGGCUUACACCUGGUACUGAAAACAGCUGCUGCCUUUCCUCAAACCUCCUUUGACCUUCAUUCUGUUUACGUUUGUGUGUAAUAACCUGGUGUAUUGUAAUGACUGGGUAGUCCGAUCAAGCUGUUAAUAACAUUGUCUUUCUGGCAUAUAUCCUGUGAAGUAUGAUUGUUGUAAAGGUUUAAUUUAAUUUUGAUUCUUUUUUUUUUCUUUGUAGCUGGCCUACAUGAUUAUUGAAUUAAUUUAUUAUGAAUGACUGGUAAGGUGCAGUGUUCUUUUUAAUUUCAGGCAGCUUUAGAAAUGUUGUGACCUAUGAUUUUUCCUGAAAAGUAUUAUUUAAAGGAAGCACAAUGAAUUGGUAUGGGAAGAGGACAGUAUUUGUAUGUGAAAAUGAAGGCAUUGUCAUAUCAUUUUCCCAACAUGGGACCAUUCAUCAUUUAGAUCAUCACUGCAGAUGAAGAAUUGAUUUUACAGACUUUACAUCAGUAAUUAGUAACAUCAAGUGUUCCUAAAUUUUUUUUUUUUAAUCUAGACAUAGGUUAUAAGGAAUCACUUCUGUUUCCAACCAAAAGCCAGUCAUGUGACUGUCACAGCAGGGUAAAUGAAACUUAAAGCCUGGAGGCACGUGUGAUGCUGAUUUCUGUACUUCUGCAGUGAUCCCUUCCUCUCAUUUUUAAUCAAAAUACCAGUUACUUAAUUUCUGUGAAACUGUCUCUAACUGUGGACAUCAUGUCGCCUCAUCCCGUGUAUCAAACAUCCGUUUCUUUGUUACUCUCAUUUCCAACUCCCUUUCCUGUUGAAUGGCAUUACGAUCAACCAAUCCUGUCAGUUUCCUGUAUUAUCCAGUGUACAGUGCAAUGGGUAUCUGGGAGAAUAAAAUCAGAGCAAACAACUGCAUGGAAUAAAUGCUGAUGUACUGUACCCAA